CCAUCCCGGCCAUUUUGGGGGGGUCCCUUUGUCCCCAUCCCCAAAUCCUCGUGGUGACCCCCCCCCGGUGUCCCCACAGGCUGCAGGACCUGGAGAGGGAUGAGGAGACCCUGAGUGAGAAGGAGAGCGUCCGGGAGCGGCUGAGCCUGAUCCAGGGUUUCCUGCAGGCGGAGGCUCAGCGGCGGCUGGGGGAGCUGGAGAACAAACUGCGCUGCCACGAGCUGUCCGAGGAGCGUUACCUGGCGCAGGUGAAGGCGCUGCUGCACCAGGAGCUCUCGGCCACCAACGGGGCCAACGGGGCCACCAACGGGGCCCUCGGGACCCGCCACGGCGGCUCCGGCAGCGAGGAGGAGCAGGACGGGGCCGGGGACAUGGAGGAAGGGGUGGCCUCCUCCUCCUCCUCCUCCCCGUCCCUGCUGGGCCCCGGCCCCAGGGCGAGGAAGGCGCGGAGGAGCCGAUCCAACGGGGAGAGCAAAAAGUCUCCGGCCAGUUCCCGGGUCACUCGGAGCUCCGGCCGCCAGCCCACCCUGCUCAGCCUCUUCUCCAAAGGAUCCAACAAGAGGAAGUCAGAGGAGGUGAACGGGGAGGCCAAGCCGGAGGUGAUGAUGAUGAACGUGGAGAAGGAGGAAGAGGAGCUGGAGGACAAGGAACAAGAUGAGAAAAGGAUUAAAAUGGAAGCCAAAGACGGGUCGGAGCUCAAGGACGAAAUCCCUCAGGUUAAAAUAGCAACUCCUGCUAAAACCACCCCUCCCAAGUGCGUGGAGUGCCGGCAGUACCUCGACGACCCCGACCUCAAGUUCUUCCAAGGGGAUCCUGACGACGCCGUAAGGGCCCCAAAUCCUCCCGUUCCUGGGCUGGAGGAGCCGGAGAUGCUGACGGACGAGCGCCUGUCGCUCUUCGACGCCAACGAGGACGGGUUCGAGAGCUACGAGGACCUGCCCCAGCACAAGGUCACCUCCUUCAGCGUCUACGACCGCAAGGGCCACCUGUGCCCCUUCGACACGGGGCUCAUCGAGAGGAACGUCGAGCUCUACUUCAGCGGCGCCGUCAAACCCAUCUACGACGACAACCCCUGCCUGGACGGAGGGGUGAGAGCCAAGAAGUUGGGGCCCAUCAACGCCUGGUGGAUCACGGGCUUCGACGGCGGGGAGAAGGCGCUGAUCGGCUUCAGCACGGCCUUCGCGGAUUACAUCCUGAUGGAGCCGAGCGAGGAGUACGCGCCCACCUUCGCCCUCAUGCAGGAGAAGAUCUACAUGAGCAAGAUCGUGGUGGAGUUCCUGCAGAACAACCCCGACGUCAGCUACGAGGACCUGCUCAACAAGAUCGAG